UAAGGUGCUGCCUAUAGUCACCCUGACUGUGUUAAUGAAUAAAAAAUUUAAAAGUCUUAAAUAGGAUCCAGAUGGAGGACAAGACUAAAUUGGCUUGGAAUUUGAUCUUGGAAAGCAAACAAACUCUUGCUAGCUGCCACUUUCCCUGGGACUCAGGGUGAACACAUAUGACCAUACUUCUAAUUGUGGGUUACAUAAUCUGCCUUCUAUUCUCUGUCUCUCUCUCUGUCUCUGUCUCUCUCUCUGUCUCUGUCUCUUCCCCCACUCUGAUCCCCACAAGAAGAACAAAGGUUUUGGUCCUGAGUAAAGCUUGAUUCUAAGAACAAACAGUGUUUCUUGGGCCACAAUGCCUUCUGUGGAGAAGAGUUGAGGUGAGCAGUAGAGUCCUGCCUCCAGUUUAACGGACAGCUUUCUGGAACAUGACCCUUAGGAAUGUUAUCUUCUUGAGGUUCAGGGACUACACAUGAAAUCGUGAGUCUGUUUUACAGGGCUCUUCUGUUCUUGCAUCAUUUGACUGAAGAAGGACACAGGGUCGAGGUUUGAGGACUGACAGACCCCUCCACUUUGCGGGAUUAUUCCAUUUGAAGUCAUAUCCUUCUGCCUGAAAAAGUGUUCAUCCUUCAGAUUCAGCCAGAAUGUGUACCUUUAUGUGACACUAUCUCUGAGACAGCCCCUGGGCAGCCAUGGCAUAGACUUCCUCAGACCCCAGAAAGACACCAGACCCCACAUGGAACGGAAGGCCCCAUGUCCCGCUGCCAUACCCUCAGUGGAGAGAAAGUUCCAUGUCCUUGUGGGUGUCACUGGAAGCGUUGCCGCUCUGAAGCUGCCUCUUCUGGUAUCAAAGCUUUUGGACAUUCCUGGGCUGGAAGUCACAGUGGUAACAACGGAGAGAGCCAAACAUUUCUACAGCACUCAGGAUGUCCCCGUCACCCUCUACAGUGACGCUGAUGAAUGGGAGAUGUGGAAGCGCCGUUCUGACCCGGUUCUCCACAUAGACCUGCGGAGGUGGGCUGACCUCCUGCUUGUGGCUCCCCUUGAUGCCAACACUCUGGGGAAGGUGGCCAGUGGCAUCUGUGACAAUUUACUUGUUGUCAAGCAGCCCCCGUUACUAUGGGAUGCAGGUCUGUUGAGCCCUCUCUGCUCCUGUCUCUUUAGCAAGGAGGCUGAAGAUCUGAGUCCAGUGGACCAUCUGGCUUUGCAUCUGGUAUCUGGGUAUGUCCACCUUCUCCUGCCCCCAGUGGUCAGCCGGGCGCCCCGCCCUCUGCUCUUCCAUCAUCCUUCCUCACAGGCUUCCUGCCCUCCACAUGCACUUCCAUUGACUUCCCUGCCUUUACGGCUUCCCUGUCAGUUCCUCCUUCCCUCCAGAAUCUAGAAACACACAGGAAUACUCUCAGAAGACUUGUUACUUCCUCAGGGGCCUCACAUACUUAUUUCUCUGUAGUCAUUUUGGCCUCAAAGCUAAGACCCAGUUUUCACAUCUAUCGGGGAAAGCUGAGGGGAGAACAAGGAGGAAAAACUGAGUGAGAAGUCAUUGCCAGAUUGGCUUAGGCCUCUGAGACCUCUCGGGAGCUGCUCCCUUAAAGAAAAUCUGUCUUCGUUUCUGUGAUAAUUCUGGGAAGGUCUAUGGUCACCCCUUCCUCCAUUUCUUGACCUUUCACCUCUCAUGUUCUGGAGGCUUCUAUUGGAGACACAGGGAGUGCUCACUCUGGAGAGAGGUCUGUGAUCACCAUGCAGACAGGAGGCAAGUGUACCGUGGUGAGCACUGUGGUCUCAAACGAGUCAUUAGUCUUUGGAGCCUGCCUUGGUACUAGGCACUCAGUAGGCCGUUACUAAUACUGCUUGUGUGUAGUAGAAAGUAAUUCUCUCUCAUAAAUAUUUUUGUUUGAAUUUACGUUUGUGUUUGUGUGUGCUUGUGUGCGCUAGUGUCAGACUUCUGGCAGUUCUCCUGCCUCCGCCUUCUGACUACUGGCAUUACUGGUGUGUGUUACGGCAGCUCCAUUUUAGAGUUGAAAAUGCUGAAGAAAUGAAUCUUGAAGAUGCGUCAGGAACUUUAGGAUGUCACAUAUGACGAAGGCCCUUCAUCUGGGCCUGGGGCACAAGCCUGUAAUCCUGGCAACUCAAGGGGCAGAGGCUGAAGGAUCAAAAUCUCAAGGCCUGGUGGGCUACGGAGUGAAUCUCUAAAUAGAAAAUAAAGAGGGCUGGAUAGUUUAGGGGCAGAAUGCACGUGAGGUGAGUGGGAAACCCUAGGCUCACUCAUUCCCCAGGAUGGCGUGGAACAGAAAAGCGGACAUUAGUAUCCUUGCUUGCUCAUGAGGGGGCUCUUAGCUCCUCUUCCGAGAGGCCGCUGAUGACCUGAGCAUUGUUAGAGAAAGAGUAUAGGACAGGAAGAGUACCACCCUGAAGCUGUGGCCAGGAGCAGACUGGGGAGGACAGCAGAGCUGGGUGUGGCAUGGUCCUCACUGCCCAGUAGGACCGGGACAGGUCAGCAGGGCACUGAAACUGGUGAGGAGGUACUCAGCCAUGUACCCCGCUGCGCUCCCAUUGGUGACAGAACACACCAGCCUCAGAGCUGAACCCCAGCCACUUCCGUAGGCUUCCUCCUACCCUCUGAAAACUCAGGCCUACCUCCUUGUUGUUGAUGUUUUUUCGUUAUUAUACGCCCGGCCCUUCCCCUUUAAAAACAGUCUUGAGCUGACUGGAGAGAUGGCUCAGAGGUUCAGAGCACCGGGUGCUCUUUCAGAGGACCGGGGUUUGAUUCCUAGUACCCACAUGGCGGUUCACAACUGUCUGUGACUUCAGUCUUGAGAUCUGACAGCUUCUUUUGGCCUUGGUGGGCACCAGGCACACGUGUGAUACACAGACAUACAUGCAGUCAAAACAUGUAAAACAAAUAUAAUCUCAUGUAACCCAACUGGCCUUGAAAUCCUGAUCCUCUCUCUCUUCCUUCCCAGGCAUGGGAUUGCAGGCAUGGCCUGAGGGCCUGGCUUCUUUUCCUCCCGCUGCUACCCCUCUAUCUUUGAGGUUCUCUUCUUCAGAAUUGACUGGACAGUGGAACAUGUUCCCCAAACUAACCAUUUGCCUCAAACAGUUUCCCUUGAAGACAGAUGUCUGAGACAAUCUCUAGUGUUAGGGUUUGAGCUGUCAGCAUCCUAGGUGGUAUGGCCGCCUCCUCCUCAGUAGGUGUCUUCAUAGAGACCUGAAAGGAAGCCCAGCCUGCUCCCUCUUUCCAGACUGUCCUGUUUCCAGCAUUGGAAAGGUGCUGGGGAGCGGUGGGCUAGGUGUCCUCAGUCCUCCUCCUCAGGCCCGAUGCCUGGGAAUGG